AUCAGCGGUGUGGCACACAGAAGGAGCAGUCUCUGUGUGUCUGUGGAUUAAGAAGCAUAUCAAUUGACAGUAAAGUUGGAGAUUCUGCAGCUCAGAAUGAAGAUAUUGGUUAUUCUUGCCCUCCUGGGUCUACACAGCGCAGCAGCAGUGACUCACUCUCUGAAGUAUUUCUACACUGCGUCCUCUCAAGUCCCAAACUUCCCAGAGUUUGUGGCUGUCGGGUUGGUUGAUGAUGUUCAGAUGUAUCACUAUGACAGCAACACCAAGAAAGCAGAACCCAAACAGGACUGGAUGGACAGAGUCACAGAAGAUGAUCCACAGUACUUGGGGAGGAACACUGCAAACUGUUUGGGUUCUGAGCAGUCCUUCAAAGUCAACAUUGAAGUUGUAAAGGAGCGUCUCAACCAAACUGGAGGUGUCCAUGUUUACCAGAAGAUGUACGGCUGUGAAUGGGACGAUGAGACUCAAGAGAUGACUGGUUUCAAUCAGUAUGGUUACGAUGGAGAAGACUUCAUAUCAUUUGACCUCAAGACAUUGACAUGGAUCGCUCCAAAACAACAGGCUGUUAUCACCAAAAAUAAGUGGGACCAUAACAGAGCCAACAAUGACUAUUUGAAGAACUACCUCACCCAGGAGUGUGUUGACUGGCUGAAGAAGUAUGUGAACUAUGGGAGGAGCUCUCUGAUGAGAACAGAGCUUCCCUCCACACAUUCUCUCCUCCAGAAGACUCCCUCCUCUCCAGUCAGCUGCUUCGCUACAGGUUUCUACCCUGACAGAGUCAUGAUGUUCUGGAGGAAAGAUGGAGUUGAGCUUCAUGAGGACGUGGAACGUGGAGAGAUCCUCCCCAACCAUGAUGGAUCCUUCCAGAUGAGUGUUAAGCUGGACGUUUCAUCAAUCGCACCUGAAGACUGGAGGAGGUACGAAUGUGUGUUUCAGCUCUCUGGUGUGAAGGACGACAUCAUCAUCAAUCUGGAUGAAAUAAGAAAGCCUGGUUUCCCUCUUGGUGCUGUUAUCGGAGUUGUUGUUGUACUGCUGCUCCUGGUAGUCGGCAUCGUUGGAUUCUUCCUCUGGAAAAAGAACAAGAAGGGAAAGGAAGGAUUUAAACUUGCCAGCACUUCUGACAGCGGCUCCGACAACUCUCAGCAACAGAUUCCAAAAGCUUGAAUAACAAACACACCAACCUGCACACAGAAACCAGUGAAGAUUAGAAGAGGACGUUGAACUCUAGUAAAUGACUGGAAAUAUUCUUUUUCACAGAAUUUCUGCUUCUGAUUGACACAAUUUCACAAACCUUCUUUAAUUGAACACUGAGAUUAAAGUAAUUGAACCUGUUGUUUCAUCUUUAAUCAUCAUUUACUGUGUUUACCUGCAUUCCUGCUGCGACUGCUGUUAAACGCAGGUUGUCUUCUGUUAAACAUGUGUGACAGUCGUAGCUAAAAGCAUCACUUUCCUUCACUGUGUGAGUUAAACACAUCUGGAGAGAAGUGAUGCAGCUGUCCAGCUGUUUCUGCAGAUGUUUUGUAGAUGUUUUAUUUUGUCACUGCAGCAGCUUCCAGAUACCAAAAACAUGAGCAGAGAAACAAAAAAGAGCUCAGAGUCACAUCAUGCUUGUUUCUUAAUGUCCAUAAACAGAAUCUGGUGUUUGAAUUUAUACUCAGCUAUGAUAACAUUAAAUGAUUUUCCUUUUAUCACAGAUGAGGUUAUAAAACACUUUAACUGAAGCAGACUUUGGUUGAACACUUGUUUGAUGUCAUUGUGUUAAUCUCUCUAAUCUGUACAGAUGUUUGCAGUGGUGUUAACUUUAGAAUCAGCUACUUUUUGUUUUAUCGUACAGUUUCCCACAUUGAGCUGGAUUUUGAUCUUUACUUAGAAAUUAAAUCAGUCAAAUAGUAUGUCUAUAUAUUAAAUUGAUUAAAGCUGAACAUUUUAUAAUGGUGUGUUAACUUUUUAUUUGAUUAGAACAUUUUUUAUUUUCUCACUAAGUUUCUUUUCAUGGCUCCUAUUUAUUUGUAAUUUUUCUGUAGGAUCUAUUCUGUAAUUAUAUUAUAGUAUAUAAUAUAUUAUAAUUAUAGUUUCUGUCUUUGCUUGGGUGUAAAUGAGAGUGUAAUAACAUUUUGGGUAAAACUUGUACAUAUUAGGGUUUUUAUAAAUGAAUAAAAGUCCUUUGGAAACCCA